AUGACUGAUUCAACCCUUCAUCUUCUUGAUUUACCCGACGAAAUCUUAUUAAUUAUUAUGUCGAAUAUUUCUAAUUUCGAUGUUCUAUAUUCAUUGAUAGGUGUCAAUAAGAAGCUCGAUAGAGUUGCAUGUGAUAUUGUUCAUACUCGAUCAAUCGAUUUCAUCGGUACGAGAUCAAAUGAUGAAAUUCAUUCAUUAUCAGAUAAGAUACUGGAUCGAUUCUGUCAAAAUAUUCUGCCUCGAGUUCAUAACAAUAUUGAGUGUUUUACUCUCGAAUCAUCAUCAAUUAGUCGUAUUUUUCACUCAAUAGACUAUCCGAAACUGUUCAAACUCAUCUUACCUGAACUCGAUCUCGAAUUCGUAUCACAUUAUUUCAAUGGUAAAUAUUGUAAUUUUGAUGUAAAACCAAAUAGUCAAAUUGAAUCGUUUUUUUUAGAACAAAUGCCAUUUAUUCGCAUUUUCAAUGAGCAAAUUUUGCAUCUUGUUGUGACCGUGAUGGACAAGAGUGAAAAUGCAUCAUUAAGUGACGUGACCAUCAAUCUGUAUAUACGCAUUUUUAAUCUAUUCACAAGUGUCACCCAUUUGGAUUUCGUCAUCAAGAACGACUUUCGACAUCCACCAUUUUCACUUGAUGAUUUACCUUCUACUGCUUGUUUUUCAUCGAAUAUUGUUCAUUUAUCCAUUAGAGUAUUGGGUCUUGAAGAUUGUCUUUGUCUAUUGGAUGGUCGUCUAAGUCAAUUACAUACAUUCAUUGUCGAAAUUUAUUAUAUUACUCCUUUAAUGGAUGGUCGUCUUGAUGAUACGGUAAAGAUAGCAUGA